CAGAAAGAACAGUAAAAAUGCAGGCAGGGGACAGGACAAAGCACUCGGGACACAAUGUAUGUGAAAAAAAAUUUCCCUGUUAAAUUUUUUUUGUAAAAUGUCAAAUUUGCCGCCGUCCCGACGUCACAGGGACUGGAACACGGAAGCAGGAUGCCGGCAUCGGCCGGAGGAGAUGGCCGGGGACGCUGCAGGGGACACAUCGCGGGAGCGAAGGACAAGGUAAGCUCUGCAGGGACUCCCUAUGCAACGCUCCGCAUGGUAAGCUUGAGUGUAGCUCGGGGGGGGUUACCGCUUCUG